AUGUGGGGGAUCUUCUGGACGGAUCCGGACCUGGAGCUCGUGGGAGAGCACAGGGCUAGAAAGGAGAGGGAGAGGGACGAAGCUGAGAGGAGCAGGACGCGCUCCGGCAGAGGCUCCAUGUCGACGACCAGCUCACGAUCCUCCACUGCCGAAUCCGCCUUCGCCCGUUUCAGAUCGCGGGGUUUAAAGCACGCGAACGCGUCCAAGGCCGGGGCCAAGAUAAAGUCGUCGGCCUCGUCGGCCGUCGCAUCCUCCUCCGCCACCCACUCCACGGCCUCUCCCUUCUCCAGGACCUCUGGCACCAAGAGUCGUCCGAGCUCCGGCCACUCCAGCAAGGACACAUCUGGUCGCUUCGGCUCGGCUCGUGCCUGUCCCGAACCUGCUUCCGCCGGCGGCACGGCCCAUCAACUCUGCCCGCAUCUACUCCAGAGUGAUUCCGUCUUGCUUCCCAACAGCCCGAGCGCGCAGCCUCCAUCGGCGGCACUUGCGACGCCUCCUGGAGCUUGCGACAUCACCCAGUUCCCAACCCGGUGGGCUGCGUCGCCGCCUUUGCCGCCACUGACGGGGCAAUUACAGCCGUCACCAAUGGCCCGGCUGUCCAUCUUCGAUCUGCCGAGUCCCGUCAAGAAGGCCUUCAUCAUCCCCGGGAUGAGGGUUAGAGAACCUAUGACUCCGCCGCAGUCUCCUACAAGAGGCCAUCCGUCGCUGUUUCCAGAGCCACCGGAACCGUCACCACCAUUGGUACCUCCGCCAAAGUCACCACUGCGGUCCAGGGUGUCAUAUCGGCCACUGGCGGCCAAUGUCAACGACCACAAGGUUCUGCGAUCGCCCGAUCACGGGCGAUCUGUGACUCCAGAAACCAUGACGGGCUGGGUGGAAGAAUCGGGCAACGAGCAUACGUCCUCGCUCGGGUCGUGGCUCACCGUGUCACACGAGGCAACUGAUUUGGAGUCGUUGAUGAAUCAAGCAGAUUCCAUGGCCAAGGCUACACCGGCAGUUGCGCUAUCGCGGCUCAAGACGAUAUGGUCAGCCAAUGCCAGUAUGCCAAACCUCGCACAGCUCGAGGCCGAGAAGACCCGGUGGAUGCUGUCCGUUGUAAGUCAUCUGGACGUAGAAGCUGCCCACGAUACGAAGCGGCAAGCGCCUCACCGAAUCGCACCGGGCAAUAUUCAUAACAUCCUCGCUCUCUACGAGUCCAAAGCCACAGCGUUGUAUCUCGCGGCUUUGAACCCAAAGAGGCGUAUCUGCCACUUCUCCGAUUCCCCGUUGCCGCAUGAAGCGGUUCCCAACGUGCAGCCACUGUCGGUCGCUACCAUCUCGUCAUCGACGUUUCCCAUCCCACCGCAGCUAUUCGAAGCCGCAUACUCACUGUCCUUGCCAGCGCUUUGCACAACGUCAGACCUGCGCGGCAUAGUGCACAAUUGGCUGGAUCAGCACUUGCUGAGCAACCUCAGGAGGCAGUCGAGGUGCUCAAGCCCGAGCACGGCGCUCCCGCAAUGGCUCGGCGAGGCGUCGCUGCGCGCAGCCGGGAGCACGCUGACGACGACCAAGUUCUACGCGACUCCCGACAACGUGAGGCUCCAACAGCGGGAUCCAGACCCGGCCAUUGAGCAGCUGCGGACGGAGAAGAAGACCAAGGCGGAGCUGAGAAGCCUCGUAGGCCGCCUGCUUUGGAAGGAGGUCUGGGGGCGACAUGUGACAACUGAUUCGUGGUGGUGGGAUGACAGCGACUGCAUGGAAGAGUGCCUCGAGCUGGGCACUUUUUGGGAGUAUCACUUGAUUGAGGCCGUCAAGGGUGCAGACCAGUAG